AUGUUUAAAAAAAAACUAUUGUCUUUAAAUAAAAAAAAAAAGAAAGAUAUAUAUUUUCAUAAAUUAAAAAGGAUAUAUGUACAAUUAAAAAUUUUACUACAUUUUAUAAAUAUAAACAAUGGUAAAAUUAAACUCAUUUUUAUUAAAUUGCUAUAUAAGAAAAUUUUUCAUUGUAAAUCCUUAUUUGAUAUUAAACUAAAUGUUCUUAAUUUAUUUCUAAAAAAAUUCAGAAAUAAAAUUACGUAUAGUGUUAUAAAAGGCAAAUCAAAUUUUAUAAAUUUACAAUUUGAGUUAUUCAGUAUUUUAAAUGUGAAAGCACAACUAAAUAAUUAUAUAACUUUUCUAAUUAAUAAAAUUAUAAAUCAUUCUAUAGAAAAGGGAAAUGAAAAAAAUUAUAUUUUAAAAUAUUACGAUACAAAAAAAAAUAAAAAUUUAUUAUUAGAGUUAAUUAAAAUAUUGUUAUAUAAUUAUCAAGAAAGAAAAAAAGAAAAAAAAGAAAAAGAAAAAAAGAAAAAAAAGGGAAAGGGAAAGGGAAAGGGAAAGGAAAAGGAAAAGGAAAAGGAAAAGGAAAAGGAAAAGAAUACCCAUAUUAUGAAUAAUAAAAAUGACUAUAUAUUAUUAGAUGAUCGUAAAAAAGUGAAUAAAAAUAGUCUAAAUAAAAAAUACACAAAUAUUAAUAGAUUAAAUAAAAAAAAAGGAAAUAAUUUUAUGUUUUCAGAGGAUAAUAAAAAUAUUAAAAAUGAAAAUAAGGAAUGGUUUGUAGAAAAAACUAGUGUUUGUCUAGACAACAAAUCUAAUGAAAAUAUAGAAAAAAAAAACAUAGGAUGCGAUUCAAAAUAUAUGGAUUCUAACCUUUUUUAUGAUUAUAUGAAACAAUACUUUCUAAGUUCUGUUAGCGAAAAAAAAGCAAUAAAGAAAAUAAGCAUUGAAGAAGAGUAUAACAAAAAAAAAUUUAAUAAUGAUAUUUAUGAUAAAUCUUAUUCAUGUGUCAGUUUAAAUGAUAAAAUUAUAUCAAGUCAUUUUAUUAAAAAUGAUGUUUACAAUGAAAAUAGAGGUAUGGCAUAUAAGUCAAAAGAAAAUUAUAUAAAUUUCCUUGAAAGAAAAAGUAACAAACAAUCUAAUAAAUUUAAUGGAAUCAUUUAUAAGGAAAUCAAAGUAGCAUAUAAUGAAAUAUUUUAUAAAAAGUUAUAUAAAAUUUUUAAUAAAAAUAAGAAAAAGCGUAUAAAAAAUUUAAUUUGCAAAAAUCACAUAGAAUUAUAUAAUUUAAAUUGCUAUACCUGUAAGUUCAUAUAUUCUAUCAACAAAGUUUAUUAUAGGUUUAAACGUGUAAACAUUAAAAAGCAACAAAAUAAUAGCAAGUGCAUAUAUAAUUAUAAUAAAAUUAAUAAAUAUCUUAAGUUAAACCCUAUUAAGUGGAAGAAUGAGCAUCUGCAUAAGGAAUAUGAUAAUACAGAAUCAUAUAAAUGUAAAAAAAAAAAAAAAAAAGAAAAGAAAGGAACAAAAAAUAAAUUGGAAAAAAUAAAAAAGGAAAAAGUUUUUAGUAAUUAUAUAGAUAAAAAAGAGAAAAAGAGAGGUAUUUUGAAAGAAGAAAAAAAGAAAAAAAAAGAAAAUAAAAGGGUUCACAUAAAUAUUUGCAGUGAUCAAAAUAAAAAAAAACAUUCUGUAAAAAAAUUUGUUAAUAAUAAAAGUGAUGAGCAUGAAACAGUAGAAGCAUAUUUAAUAAAUUUUUGUAGGAAUAAUGAUAGCAUAAUAGAAGUAAAUGAAAAUAUAAAUGAAAAUAAUGAUCUUAAUUAUAGUGAACUGGACGUAUAUAUGGAUGAAUAUAGAGGAAAUUUAGAAAAUUUAUCCAUGAUUGAUAAUAUUUCUGACUUGCAACCAAUUCACUUAGCAACAAAAGAAGGAAACAUUGAAUUAAUAAAAAAUAUUCUAAAAUCAGGAACAGAUGUGAACAGUAAAACAAGAAUAAGAAAAUUUACUCCAUUACACUUAUCUGCAUCAAAAGGAGACAUGGAGUCUCUAAAAUUUUUAAUUGAUAAUAAUGCUGAUAUAAAUGCUUUAUCUUCUGACAAUGAAACCCCUCUAUGGUGUGCUUCUAUAUCUAAUCAUUUGAAUGUUUGCAGAUAUUUAUUAGAAAAUGGUGCUCUAUUAAAUUUAAAUUUAGAUGAAAAAUAUGAUUCUGCUUUACACGCUGCUUCUAUGAUGGGAAAUUUCGAAAUAGUAAAAUUAUUAACUGAAAAUGGGGCCGAUAUUUCAUGCUUAGAUUUAAAUUUAUUGGAACCAGUUCAUUAUGCUUCAUUUGAAGGGCAUAAGGGUAUUGUUAAAUAUUUAAUAUGCCAACAAAUUGAACAAUCAUUAAAUAAAAAAAUGAAGGAAAUUGUGAGUAUAAUGAAGAAAUAUAACGUUUAUACAAAAAAUUUAGAAAUACAUUAUUAUUUAAAAUUUAAAUCUAUUUUUAAAAAAAGAAUAACAAGUAAAAUAUUAUGCUGUGCAAUAACAUCUGGAAAUUAUAAAAUUGUUGAUAUAAUUUUAAAAAAAGGAGCAGAUCCUAAUUAUUUUGAUGUUCGUUUACAACUUUUCCCAAUUCAUGCUGCUUCCAUAACUGGUAAUAUUAAAAUAUUUAAAAGUUUAGUAAAAAGAGGAGCAAAUAUAUUUAUGAAAACUAGCUGCAACAACUUACCAAUUGAUCUAACAGAAGAUAAUGAAAUCAAACAAUUUAUUAUGCAGCAUUCAAGAAAAAUUAAUUUAAGAAAUGCUUGGAUUAUUAGGCUAAAAAGAAAAAAUCAUAUAAUAUCUCUUUUAUCAUAUGAUAUUUUUUAUUAUCUUUGCACUUUUUUUUAA